AUGGACGCGCACGAGCCGCUGAUGACUUCGUCCAUGUUUCUUGAAGGGUACUGCGAGGUCUCUCUUACCCUCGACUCGACGGGGCUGUCCUGGGCACCGGUCGUUUCCCAUGUAAAAGUAAGUUCCGAAACUGGAAGGUUUACAUCAGAAGAAAUUUCAAAGGAAGAAUCAGUUUAAAACUUGAUCCCGUCUCCUUUGUGCACAUGAACUGUGGCUUAAGUUUACUCCUGAUUGAAUCUGAUAUGUAUGCAAUUCAGUGAUCGGAAUGUGAAUCUAUCCCCUUUUUCUUCUACCCAUCCAUUGGGGCUUCAUUGCUUCUCAGUGUGGGUUGAUAUCCCGUACAAUCUUGUCAUGAGACAGUUCCCGAAUUUUUAAUCCUCAAUUUUAAUGCUGCACAGUAGCUUUGGGAGAUGAAAGCUUUCUUUUCACAACACGGAUCUUGAAAGUGAUGUCUAGUCCAGUGGCAUUCAUCUACGAUAUGGGGAUUAUUAUCAGGCAAUAAGAAUAUAUACCCGGUGAAAGUGCCUUUUAUUUGGCACCGUAAACUGUAUAAAUUUCGUGACCGGAUUGACUGAUCUGUGCUUAGAUGGUUAGUUCCAUGAACCGGCCGAGUUCACAGGAUAGCAUCCGACUCCGAAAUUGCACUAAAAUCCGGAUGAAUAGUCUUUUAGCUGGUCUGUUGUCUAGACUCGUAGAUUACGCAUUCAGAAUAGGUCGUGUGUCGGGAGAAUGUGGUCAAGGACAUUGGAAGAAAUGAUGCUACAUUUUUCUCCCUUGAUGUCAUGCCCAUUCAUUUCAUCUUGUCCCCAUGAUGCGAAUUUUUUUUUCUCUUUUUUUUGCUUUUCUGUUUCAUGCCGCUUCUAAAUGAAUACGUUCUCAUUGAUAAAAAAAAAAAAAUCUUCAGAGGAAAGGAAAACUAGACUACUGGAGUUUGUUUUCCAUCUGAUUCUCGACUACAUAUGUCACGUAUUUCAGCGACAAAGAUUAUUUUAUGCCCAUGCCCUUUAGGAUGUCACGGAAUGCUUUCAGCGAUGCACAACUCUCUGGCAUUUGGUUUGAAGAUGAAAUUAACAUAGAUGCCAUAACCAAGUCUUAUUAUAUGUUGUGUUUAUCCAAGUUGAAUAAGGCUUUUAAUGUUGGUUUUCUUUUGUGAGCUGACAGAAAUUAGAGACAUGCUAUGGGAUUAAAUCUUCGUCAAAGUCUGAAAGUAGGAUAGGAUUCUCGGAUGUCUAUGCUGUUGAGUGCGUGGAUCGAGGGUCAUUUCACGUUCUCAUUCGCAAAAUCGGUGCACCGCGUCCAUGCUGUAUGACUGAGGUUUUAAACUAUGGCCAUCUCAUACCUAUUCUUUUAUCUGUGUAGCUCAGUAUUUUUUGUUCUUCUGCGAACUUUUAUGGGUAAUAUUUUUCCAAAAGAAGCAAACCUUGGAAUGCUGGCUGAUUUCCUUUUCUCCCUCACGAAGAUGCACCGUUUUGUGGUGCAUGGCUUUGAAAGGUCGAGAACGUGCAGGUGUACAUGGGUUCUCUCAUCAUACACGUUUGGGAACAAGGAUCCACAGGCAUGUCGUACGUGGAUUGAAGAAAUUAACAGCCGCAUUAGCAUUGAGAUGAGCCGGCCAAAAAAUCUUUGGGUAUGUAAUACUCUCUUUCAUACAAGCCACAUCGAAAAAAAUUACUUCCCUGACUCCACUUAAUUUCUCUUGGCUCAGGUAUUUGUUCAUCCAUCUAGUGGCAGGGGCAAUGGUUGGAGAACUUGGCAGACUGUCGAACCUGUAUUUUCUCGUGCCAAAGUGAAGACAAAGGUGUACCCUUCUCAAGCUUGGGGAGUAAAUAGAUGUGUCUUUUAGAAGAGACAGAAAUAAAUCUACUUAAUUAAAUGUUUCAGAUAUUUGUAUUCUGUGUUUGACUCCUUCAUUGAGAGCUAAUUAAGGUAUGUGCCUGGCAGGUAACUGUGACAGAGAGGGCAGGGCAUGCAUUUGAUCUGAUUGUCUCUGUUGCAGACGAGGAACUGAGUGCAUUUGAUGGUGUUGUUGCUGUGGUAUGUCACUAGAGACUACAGCGUUUCUUUCUUUCUUUCUUUCUUUCUCUAGACUUGCAUUUUGGUUAAUUUUUCCAUGCUAAAGCUUAAAUCUGCUACAUACAAUCUCCCUGAUGAACGUACAAUUUUCCUCACUGCUUCAGUAUUUUACUGUUGCGACUGUAGGGUGGUGACGGCUUCUUCAAUGAAAUCCUUAAUGGACUUCUUUUCUCAAGACACAAGGCUCCUUCCCCCCCUGUACCCGUAGAAUUUGCAAACUAUUUUGGGAAUGAUGGUGAAGUUGAACGAUUCAGAUUGAACAAUGACUCUAAAACCAGAGCUUAUGCUUCUGAUUUUAAUGCUAGUGUUAGUCAGCCUGAGGCAUCCUUCACAAAUGAAGAUGAUCCUCUUCUUUCAACAUCAGAAUCCUCAGGUCAAGCAUUUUCAGACUUCAGUACGCAUCAGGCAAUCCUUAUUCUAGGGUACGCACGCCUGGAAUUCACUAGGCAUUUAGGUGAAACUCAACAUGCUUAUUUUGUAUCGCAGGAAAGGAAGAUGGAGCACAUCGCACUGGUGAGUUUGCUCAAUACAACGUCGAAAUGAACGUAACUUUUUUCUUCACUGAAUAAAGUUAUGGCUGCAGCACGUAUGGCAGGUUGUCAGUUAAACGUAUUCAUGUGUCUCUCUGGACUAAUCUUGUAUAUUUUGUUCUGAAAAUGUUUCAGGUCAAGAUCUUUCAUCCUUCUUCCCCAAUGAAUGGUUUAGACUCGGAAUCAUUCCUUCAGGCUCGACGGAUGCCAUUGUGGUCAGGUAACUCCUUUGGUGGCGGUAUAGGCUGUUGACUGCAUCCGAGCAGUUUCUUUUUCUUUCUUUUGAGGGACAAUGCCUUAGCAAAGGAUCUGAGGAUUAACCAGGAAGUUAAACGAGGCAGAUGCAUGAUUUGACAUCAAUUCGGUUAUCAUCAAACUCCUAUUUCGUACCUGAAAUUUUGAAAUCUUCUGGUAUUUGACUUGUUCUUCGAAAUGUUCACAAAUAUCAUCCUUUGUUGUCUUUAUGUCUCAGUUAAUUUUUCUUUCCCUGUUCAUCUUCUUUGUUCCCUGAAAAUAGGCCGUGACAUUUUGCAGUACCACAGGUUCACGAGAUCCCAUAACAUCUGCAUUGCACAUAGUUCUUGGUAAGAGGGUGCGUCUUGACAUUGCUCAGGUGGUGAGACAGGAUGCUGGUUCUUCGUCAUUUACACGUUAUGCUGCUUCUUUUGCAGGGUAACUUCUUACUGGUUGCUCUUAUUAUACGAACGUUAUAAAAUUAUCUGGCGUCCAGUAAAUCAUGGUCGUAUUAUGAAUACUAAGUAGCUUUUUGUUUCAUUCUCAGAUGCAAGGAUUCAGUUUUACACAGCCUGUUCAUUCUUCCUUCGUCUGUGAAAACGAGCACUUUAAUUUUUAAGCUAAAAUUAUGCAAAAUCCUUGUCCUUCAAAUCAACUAUUCUUCAGAUUCUUUCCGCAAUAAUUGAAAUGUGUUUUACCCUAUGAAUCCUAGUCAUUAAGAGGCACGGUUAUUGCUUAUAGGAAGUGAAAAUUCUGGUUUGUUGUCAACCUUGGUUGUUUAUUUGAGUAAUAAUAACCCAGUGAUAAUAUAAAGAUGUGGGAGGAAAAAAAAACUACUCAAGGGACUGAGAUGAAGUUUAUAGACAGGAGGCACCAAAAGCUUUAAAUCGAACUAGCCAUAUUUAGUGUUGGCCAUUGAGGAAAUGUCGUCAACUAGUGAAAUCAUGCCUUCCACUGAGACACGAUCUAGGAGAUGGAAAGCGUGUUUCCACUAUGACGUAAUCUUGAAUGCGUGUUUCUUUGAUUCUGCCACCUUUUUAAUUCACGGAAUCUUUUCACUCGCCUCCCAAUAAGUUUUAGCACAUGACUACAAUAAAAACUCAGUCAACUAGUUUUCUCCUGCUUUAGUCCUUGAAAAAUCUUUAAAAAUGUAAGAAUCCAUGUAUAAAUCCCUAAUUACUCCAAGGUUCUGUCGUUCUUAACAGAAACCCUGCUCCAACCGAUCAAAGGAAUGCCAUUGGCCACUCAUUCUUAUUCAGUUAAAAGUUACCGUUGUUCAAACCACGCUAUCGAGAUUUCCAGAUUAUGCGGCGGACUUUGUUUCCCCUAAAUAAUCUAUCCUACUUGAAUCUCCACAGUUACGGUUUUUAUGGAGACGUCAUGAAGGAGAGUGAAAAAUAUCGAUGGAUGGGCCCAAAACGGUAUGAUUACGCGGGAACAAGGGUGUUUCUGAAGCACAGGUAUCUUCUACCGGGCAUCUCACGCACAUAUUCAUCCAAAGCCUCGAUCGAUAUCCUGCCCUUUUUUGACUGCCGUCAUUUUUCUCUCCUUUGUUCACGUCAGGUCGUAUGAUGCAGCAAUUGCUUUUUUAGAGGAUGAAACAUUGAACUCAGCUGCUGGGACAGGUUUUCGGAACAGGGGGUCCCAAGACACAAGGAUUUCAAGCGAGAAAACGCCGAGAUCGAAAUGUUGUGUAGAUUGCGCCGUUUGCAGGGAAAGCACCCGCCCUGCAACUGCCCUAGUAAAUGGAGAUUCAGCUUUGAGGUGGUCCAGAUCAGAGGGGCGUUACCUCAGUGUUGGAGCGGCCGUGAUCUCCUGCCGCAAUGGAAGGGCCCCCGAUGGUUUGGUCGCCGAUGCCCACCUCGCGGAUGGUUUUCUGCAUCUUAUACUAAUUAAAGAUUGUCCCCGCCCGCGGUAUUUAUGGUAAGUCGUCGGAUACUUGCUCACAUCUCGCGCCGUCUUUCUCAACUGUCCUAUAUAUUCGUUCAUGUUCUCAACAGUUUUAUCCAUACUUUCCUAUCGCGUUUCAAAAUCUUUUACACGUUUAGAUCUGAAAAAAAAUAUUUUUUCCUGAAUCUCCAUUUCCUGUGCUGUUUAAUAUCGUGUGGUGGGUAUCGUUGAAAAAGAACAUCCUUUAUGAAGUCUGCUUGAAACUCGGCUGAACUCCGAGAUCAUAGUAAGACGAUGGAAACCUUUGUAAUUGAUAUCGGAAUCCGAUGAGUGCUCUGUAGCUUCAAAACCUUGUUAACCUAGGCGAAAGAACUGCUCUCUUCCACCUCGUCUGAGUCUUCACACGGCCCGUUCGUCUGCUUCUUCUUUAGGCACCUCACCAGGCUCGCGAGGAAGGGAGCGGACCCUCUCGGCUUCGAGUUUGUGGAGCACCACAAGGCAACUUUCCUGGCCUGUUCUUCGUUUUGCUGUCUCCAUCGUUUCCUCGUCCCAACUAACCCUUCUGUCGUGAUUAACAUACAGACCCGGGCGUUCACCUUUACUUCGUCGGGCGAGGAAAGCGUCUGGAAUCUGGAUGGGGAGCUCUUCCCGGCGCGGCGGCUCUCUGCGCAAGUCUUCCGAGGCCUCGUCAGCUUGUUCGCUGCCGGUCCUGAAUAG